GAUGACAUGGAGGUACCGAGAGUAACGUCCCUUGUCAGGACAAGUCCCGACAUGUCUGGCCCAUCUCUCUACUGAACAAAAGGAACAGAGUUUAAAUCACCACGCUGGGAGCUUUAAAUGUGCACAUUGGAUUUUAUUUCAUACUGUCAUUUCAUCAGGCAUAUUCUAGUCAAGGAGGAUGGAAAGAGACCUGCCAGUCUGGCCCGAACAGCGCACAGACCUGAAACUACAGAUCGCGGAGCAUGCAGCCAUCCAGUCGGGGGUGAUAACGCCCCUCCUGAAGGAAGAACUCUGGACAAAAAUACAACACGCUAGACUAGAGCGGGGAUUAGAGGAGCUCAAAGUUGAGGUGACGCCACCGAUCAAAACACCAUUAACUAACGAAGAGGAAACGAAAGUGGCGACGAGGAGAGAAAAGAACCGUCAAGCUGCAGUAAGGUGUCGACAGAAGCGAAAGACUAAACAGAAGGACCUAGAACAUAUACUUGAAGAGGAGGUUGAAAAGAACAAUUCGUUGCGUGCAUUGUACCAAAGUCUUCAAAAUCAGAAAUAUCUGCUGAUGGCCCAACUAGGAUUGUCCCCGACUUCACCCCCAGAGGAGGAGCCUGCACGUCUCUGGACUCUUUCCUCAAAGGAGGAGCCUGCAUGUACAUGGACCCCUCCCCUUAAGGAGGAACCUUCGUGUAGUUGGACCCCUCCCCCAAAGGAGAUGACCAGCGUAUGGACGCCUGUUCCCACUCCUCCUCCGAAAGAGGAUUCUUACAUUUGGAAUCCGGCGCCUACUCCUACUCUACCUCCCACAGAAGACCUUAGCUGGCAGACUCAGAUUGCGUCCCCUAAAUGCUGGACCUUCACUACGCCUCAAAAAGACCAUUUCUGGAUGCAGAAGACACAAGAGGAUGACCUCCCUUCCCCUCCACCACCUGAGGAUGAACUCCCCUCCCCUCCACCACCUGAGUGCUUCAGCUACUGGCUGGAGGACGAACUGCAGGUGGUUCCCGGGGAGGGGUGCUCAAACCUUCACCUCUGAUGAUAUACAUGUAGUUUGAACAAUAGAAGCAUUUUGUUGAUUUUUGAAUUUGAAAUCAGGUAGCUGUCAUGACAUUGACAAAAUGAUUACGCUUGCUGACAUCACCAGGGUUUUGAGUUGACCCUUGACAUUUAGUAAUUUCGAAAUGUAGGACAUACGUCAGAUAAACAUGUUCUGUCUUGUAGAGAGUCAAAAGCUCUGCCAACUGCAAUUGUUUACACUGCCGCGAAAAGGAUUACGUUUCCGUUUAUCAGAUUCGAUGCUAUGAAGCACAUAUUAUAUCAUAUUGUUUAUAUUUUUUUGCAAAAUAUAUAUCGGUGUUCUUCUGUUUUAGAGACGCAGGUUUACAAUUAAAUUGUAACAUGUGCAUAGGAAAAUUGCUCAAUAUAGCUGUUCUUUGACUAAGAUAGAAGUAACAGGACAGAAAAACAGAGAAAUGUUGUUC